AUUAGUUAAACAUCUGUCAAAAGAAGGAAAAAAGAGUUCCGCGUGCUGGUGGGUCGAGAAUGCCCAUGAGGCCAUGACCCGUUUGGUUUCACUUCCCUUUUGUGGACUCAAAAAAAGCACUCAACUUUUGGGGAAACACCAACAUGAAACUCGGCGAGAUUCAUUUUUUUAGACUAAAUCACUGCACUUCUUUAUUCUUUUUAUUGCCUUUGCUUCUCAACUUCCCUUCGUUUUCUUCAAUUCCCAUUUCCCUAACCCAAUCCCCGCUUCGCCCCCAAAACCAACACAAAACAAACAACAUAGUAUUUUUUAUUUAUUAAUAUUGUUCUUGUUUUUUGUUUUGUUUUUCUUUUGUCCUUUCUUUUUUCCGAUCGGAUCUGAGGGCUCUUGAGAAUUGCAGAAAGCCAAAUCAAAGGAACAUCACUUUCCGGCACAUACAACUUUUUUUCUUAGCCAUGGAAGAAGCUUUCUUUCUCUUCAAUUGCAUUGCCAAUUUUUUCCAUUAAUCAGUUGAUUUGGAUUUUGCAGCUUAUUAAGAAUUUAUUGAUGGAGUCACCUGUUGGUGGAGUUGAAUCUUUACCAGAAGUUCAGAAUUCGGUUUCUGGCAUAGAUCACAAUCCACCUUCGACAUCUGGGAUCCCUCGCUCUUCUCGGCCUACUUUACGAGCAUCUAGAGAUCAAGGGCCUUCUUCCAAUCAUCAUAAUCAAGGAAAGAUGAAUGAUUCCUAUCAAGAGGCUAACAAUGUGAAUCGUGAAGGUUCAACUAAAAUGGAGAAGCAAUGUUAUAAGCCUAAUGGUAAAUCUGAUGAUAUUGAAACUUUUGAAAGUUGUUUGGCCAAGAAUAUUUCGACAAUUGAAACAAAAUUGUGCAUCAGCGAUGGUUCCACGAAUCACGAUUCUGAUGACAUAUUAGAAUCUGAGAAUGACAUAUUAGGUUUGUCGAAACAAGUUGUUGAUCAGAAAAACUCCGAGAUUACGUUUUGCUCAAGUCCUCAGAAUAGUUUAUAUUCUGCCACUGUUUAUUCAGAAGCUAAAGAAAGUUUCACCAACACCGGAAUCAACGAAUGUGUUAGUGUCGAUAAGUCAGUUGAAAGUGGGGAGGUUAGGUAUUCAUGUGAGAGCAGGAAGACGAGCAUCUGUAGAGGGAGUACUGGAAGUGAUGUUAGUGAUGAGAGCAGCAUCAGUAGUUUGAGCAGUUCUUUGUAUAAACCACAUAAAGCAAAUGAUGUAAGAUGGGAAGCGAUUCAAGCGAUCAGGGUUCGGGACGGUGGAUUGGAAAUGAGACAUUUCCGGUUGUUGAAGAAAUUGGGAUGUGGAGACAUAGGAAGUGUAUAUCUAGCAGAGUUAAGCAGCACAAGGACUUGUUUUGCUAUGAAAGUAAUGAACAAGACAGAAUUGUCAAGUCGCAAGAAACUUCCGAGAGCGCAGACAGAGAGGGAGAUAUUGCAGUCUCUAGAUCAUCCAUUUCUACCGUCAUUGUACACGCACUUUGAGACAGAAUCAUUCUCUUGCUUGGUUAUGGAGUUUUGUCCUGGUGGGGAUCUCCAUGCACUCAGGCAACGACAACCUGGGAAGUAUUUUUCAGAGCAUGCUGCAAGGUUUUAUGUGGCAGAAGUUCUCCUUGCUUUAGAGUACUUGCACAUGCUUGGGAUCAUCUACAGAGACCUCAAACCUGAGAAUGUGUUGGUGAGAGAAGAUGGUCACAUCAUGCUAUCAGAUUUCGAUCUCUCUCUAAGAUGUGCCGUCAGUCCAACUCUCGUAAAGUCAUCAAACACCAGCUUGGAGACUAAAAGCUCGGGAUACUGCAUUCAGCCAGCAUGCAUUGAACCAACUUGUGUAAUUCAGCCAGACUGCAUCAAACCUUCAUGCUUCACGCCGCGUUUCCUAUCAGGCAAAUCCAAAAAGAAAGAAAAGAAGGUGAAACCUAAGAAUGACGUGCACAAUCAGGUGACACCUCUCCCUGAGCUUAUGGCCGAGCCCACAAAUGCCCGAUCAAUGUCCUUCGUUGGCACGCAUGAGUAUUUGGCGCCUGAAAUCAUCAAAGGCGAAGGUCACGGCAGUGCUGUAGACUGGUGGACAUUUGGUAUAUUCUUAUACGAGCUUUUGUUUGGUAGAACACCAUUCAAAGGUUCGGCGAAUCGAGCGACUUUAUUUAAUGUAGUUGGGCAGCCCUUAAGAUUUCCCGAAUCCCCUAGUGUUAGCUUUGCUGCUAGAGACUUGAUUAGGGGUCUACUUGUGAAAGAGCCUCAGCAUCGUCUUGCGUAUAGACGUGGAGCUACGGAGAUAAAACAACAUCCAUUCUUUCAAAAUAUUAACUGGGCCCUGAUCCGUUGUGCAACUCCUCCCGAAGUGCCGAGACAGGCCAUGAAAGAAGCACUCAUAGCCGAGAAGAAGGCGCCUGGUGUGAAGCCUUCUGGUAACUAUUUAGAUAUUGAUUUCUUUUGAUCCCUAUGCAUGUUUUCUCCUUUGAACUAAUUAUUUUUCAUCUUGUAUUUGUGUUGUUGUUCGUCCAUGGUUGUUUCCAUUGUAUAAAAGAAUGCAACUCAUUCGUCUACGUUGAAUGAAUCACUACUUGUAAGAUACUCCCAAUUGUUUUAAAUUGAUGAACAAAGUCUCUGGUUUAUUAA